CUCAAGACCUCUGGUCUCCCAGGCAUCUGGCAAAUAACCCUGCUGUUACGGCUAGAGGCCAUCUACGUCCGGCCAUGCUCAUUGUUAGCAUUGCCCCUACGUUUCUCUGCUCGUGAGCCUCCAUUGUCAGCGAGCUCGCCGCACCAACUUUCAGCCUCGUGUGCGCAACCCUUGUCACUACCGCCAUGGCGACGGGCGUGGAAACUGCAGGCCUAGUCCUAGGCUCCAUUCCCUUGAUUCUGGCCGGGCUUGAAUUCUACAUGAAAGGCAUAGCGGUGACCAAGCGCUGCUUCAAAUAUCGAGAACAAUUCAACAGUCUCAUCGAUGAACUUCGAACGGAGAACGCCAUAUGCACCAACAGCAUUAAUCUGCUCCUCGUCGGCAUCGUUAAGCAGAAAGACAUGGCCGAGUUUCUGGUGGACCCAUGCGGCGACCGCUGGAAAGAGGCGAAGUUUGACCGGAAGCUAAAGCAGCGGCUCGGCGCGAGCUACGAGUCUUAUAUGGCUACUGUCAGUGAGCUGAGUAGGGCGGCACAGGCUUUUAAGCAGAGGCUAAAGCUGAACCCUUCAGGCAAGCCCCAAUUCGCCGAUGAGAUGGCCUUUAAGGAGUGCUUCAAGCGACUUAAAUUCAGUUUAAAGAAGUGUGACUAUGACGAUCUCAUGGCUAGACUUCGCCGUGCGAACUCUUCUCUUCAUCGGUUAACAACACAGACCAUCUCCCUCGAAAGUUUGCAGAGCUCCUGCAAAUCGGACGGACGGUCUAUUCCAAAUUUUAAUGCUAUUCACGAUCGAGCCAAGGGAUUUCACUUUGCACUACGUUCGGGGUGGAAGUGUCCAUGUCACGCUGAUCACACCGUCAACUUGCGCCUAGAGCCUCGUAUGGACGAUGCCCAGAGCGACGACUCGUCCGAUGAAGACGAAGAAUAUGAUGCGAUGCGAGAUUCAUUCCACGUAGUCUUCUGCAACGGUCAUGAGGAAUUAUUAAAAAGCACCAGCAGUCCAACAGUGGCUAAAAAGCCAUGGACUUGGGAAGAGGCCGAUGUCCACAUCACCUUAGAGAAGAAGAGUUCAUCUGACACUCCAUCAGCAGCAGUUAAAGCUGGAGCAGGGGGCGGAAAAGGCGUGCGCUUUGCAUGCCAGGCAAAGAAAGCCGUCAAGGCGGCACUCGAUCCCACCCCAAACUUGCAACCUAUACAAGACCUCUGCGCGGCAAUAUGCACCUUGCAGAAGCUACAUCGCACCGUCUGUCUUUCGCUCUUGGAGAAUGAGUACAACAGGCAGAAAUACGGGAUACUAAUCUACCCUCUAAAAGAACGACCGUCAGAUACUGAAGCGUGGUCGAUAGCCUCCCUGCGAAGCGUGUUACAAGAUCCCGGAUUUGCUCGGCGUGACCGCCUCCAGUUAGCUGUGACGCUAGCCUCCAGUGUUCUGCAACUACAUGAAACGCCAUGGCUGGACGAGAGCUGGGGAAUGGACGACAUCCUUUUUAUCAAACGCACCGGCAAAGCAGCGUAUGGUCACCCUUUUGUCACACAACGAUACGAUCAAGCGACUCAAAUUCCUUCAAAUCCAAUGCCAGCGUCGAUGCGUAGGAUCAUUAGAAAUCAAACCCUCUACGCGCUUGGGAUUUCUCUUAUCGAGCUCUGGUACGGUAAGACCAUGUCGGACCUGCGUAAGCCUGAAGACGGGGCACUCGGCAACGGUAGUGCAGAUAUCAUGGCUCAGUGGAACACGGCCGACCGACUGGUUGACGAGCUCUACAAUGAUGCUGGAGGCAAGUACAGCGAUGCAGUGCGAAGAUGCAUUCGAUGCGAUUUUGACCAGCGGGCGAGCAGUCUAGAGGACGCGGCUUUCCAGAAAGCAGUGUUUCAGGGGGUCGUCGCUCAGCUCAAGGAGAAUUUUGACUUUCUGUAUUGGCAGGAUGUGCCCGUUGCACACGACGAAGCCGGGUAGAAAUCUUUGUAUUUUCUGGUCGCUCCGAGUCGCAUACCAAGACGGAACGGAAUAUAUACAGUACAACCGUAUGUCCUUAGUUAAUGCAUAUCAAAGGCACGUUCAUCUGGCGAUCUACUUUC